UUGUUUGACUUUUUUGUGUAAACUUGAGUGUCAUACACAAAGUGUAUCCCACUCACUGCCUGGGUUUUCAACACUAGAGUGUGUUGUCACGAUACCAGAAUUUCUUUCGAUACCAGGUUUAGUAACUCGAUACCAGACGUAUAACUCAGCUAACGUUACUGCUGUUUUAUCGUUGGAUAUCUUUUGAGUUCAAUAUCAUUACAUUUGAAAUUUGAUGUCAAAAUUUUUCAGAGACAGCCAUGUAUGCAUCAAUUAAUAAAUUGUACAAUCAUGAUUAAUUUGACUGUUUUUACCAAUGUAACUACAUAACGGUAAUCAUUUAUUUGAAUGGUAAACCUCUAUUGGUAAACAUGGUAAAUCAAUAUGGCCUAGGCGGCCUAUUCACAAUACAGGUGUAAGCAUAUUCAAUGAGUAAAUGUAUACAUUGAGUUAUUGUGCUUGUUUUCACUAUUCAAAUCCAAUUGUAUUUGUCACAUGUGCCGAAUACAAGUGUAGACCUUACAGUGAAAUGCUUACUUACAAGCCCAUAACCAACAAUGCAGUUUUAAGAAAAUACUUAAAAAAAUAUUUAAUGUGGCUACAGAUGACAAUCUGUUUCCCUCCCAAUUGGGACUUAUUUUAUUGUACUGAUCAACAUUUACAAUCUCUUCUUUUAUAAAAUCCAUUAAUUAAGUCAUUCAUGACGAGGCAUAUAGGCCAUCUGUAAGUAGCCCAUCCAUCUACCUCAUCCCCAUAUUGCUAUUUAUUAAUAUUUUUGCUCCUUUGCACCCCAGUAUCUCUACUUGCACAUUCAUCUACUGCACAUCUAUCACUCCAGUGUUUAAUUACUAAAUUGUUAUUACUUUGCCACUAUGGCCUAUUUAUUGCUUACCUCCCAUAUCUUACCUAAUUUGCACACACUGUACAUAGAUUUUUUUUUCUAUUGUGUUAUUGACUGUACGUUUGUUUAUUCCAUGUGCAACUCUGUUGUUUGUGUCGCACUGCUUUGCUUUAUCUUGGCCAGGUCGCAGUUGUAAAUGAGAACUUGUUCUCACCUGGCCUACCUGGUUGAAUAAAGGUGGAGAAAGCUGAAAGCUGACACAGCUUUGAAAUCAGCAUAUUUUGCAUAAUGAUUUGCAUUAUAUCACAAACAAAGUGCUAGGGUUGUGAAUUGUUUGAUGUUAGCUUCAGCUGUAAGCUAGCAACGAAAGUUAACCUACAAUUACAACUGGAAGCUACCGGUAUCAUCUUGCAUUAUUAGGAUUCUAGCCUUUAUGGACAUUGUUUUGUGAACAGUUUCAACAUUUCUACAUGCCGUGUUGCAUUAUUCAAGUGUGGUAACUUCUGUGCAGCAUGAGUGAGGAGCUAGCAAUGAGUAAAUGGAGCAGGUAAGAGGCAUGAACGGUGCGCUCACUGCAGAAGGGGACAUCGGCUGCGCUGAUAGACUUCAUCCUCUCAAUCAUUAUACGACUUGAGACACAUUUGACAGAAGUACAGAAAGUAACCAAUUCUAGUACCGAACCGUUUUUCCAUGUUCUAGUAUCGAAGUUUCAGUAUACUGUGCAACACUACACUACAGAGGUACAACCAAAGAGGGUGACCAACCAAUGAGCAUUCUCAUUGGUUGAGCAUUCUGUUCGAAUUGGGUAAGCUGCUCAAUAUUUCAUUCAAUAACAGUCAAUCCCUCCUAUCAAUAUCUAGUGGCAGGUGAAUUGACACUGCACUGUUUGCUUAUCGUGAAAGUAAUGCAAUAGUUUUUGGUCCAGACCAGCAGACUCCUCUGUUUAUGUUCCUUUCAGGAUGUCUAAAAUUGAGCGUCUGAAUGCCCGUGUGGCGAAGCUGCUGACGGUGGCAGUGCAUGAGGUUCUGGAGGUGGUGAAAGAGACUGUGUCAGAGUACCAGGAGAAAACAGCUAGAACUCAGAGAGAGAAUGAGAGUCUGAGGAGAAGACUGCAGGAAAUGCAGGACAAGAUGAAGAGAGAGAACACAGCUGCUCAACUUGCAACAUUUCCUGCGACUGGUGGCCGUGGAAGAGUGGCCAUCGAGAAACCGUCAGAGCAGGGUUGGAGCCCUAGUCUGAGGCAGGACAGCCCAGAGCCCACACAGAUAGAUGAGAAACCAGCGCUCACUUUUGAACAGACUGUGAUACUAAGGCAGGAGGAGGAGGAGUACAAUGCACUGGAGCUGGAUCAAACAGCACACUAUGAGACAGAGUGUAACUUUACCUUAACCUUACCCGGGCAUCACGAGGAGGUGGCACGGCAAUCAGAUGAAGCCGUUUCGGUCCACAUGCCUCAGGGUGUGAAAAAUGACUCGCAUUCAGACUUGAAUAGCACUUCACAGGGAAACACCCAGCUUGGCAUCAAUCUGACUGUUAUCAAGACAGAACCCGAGCCCACCGAGUGCUCAGCACCCGAACCGUUGACUAUCCCGGAGACCUUUGAUUGUGUCGAUUUAAGCUGCAAUUCCACACGCUACGACCCAACAACGAAUGCUCACAAGUCUCAUGUGAGCACUGGACCAUAUAACGAACUUGUAUUCGUCCACUCGAGUCACAACAGCGCCGGGAGGAGGUUUGGGUUUGGGAAAAACAGUAGGGACGGGAGGAAACACCAUAGGCAACACUUCAGGAGGGAUGAGCCGCACAGCUGCUUUGUGUGCGGCAAGACGUUCAGCCGGGUGGGGAACCUGCGUAUCCACCAGCGCUGUCACACGGGCGAGAAACCCUACUGCUGCCUUCAGUGCGGCCGGUGUUUCAGUCAGGCCGGGGACCUCAAAAAGCACAAAAGGGUCCACACAGGGGAGAAGCCAUACUAUUGCGGCCAGUGCGGCAAGAGCUUCAGCCGUGGGGAGAACCUAAAGAGGCAUCAGAAGAUCCACAUCGGAGAGACCUUACACCUGCAGCAGGCAUGGAGAGAUCAACAGUCAAACUAGGCGUUCAAAGCAAUCUUUUGAGAAAAAACUAUAAAUGCACAUACAGUGCAUAUGAAUGAAUGCACAUGCAGUGCGUGGUACUGAAAUUAACAUGAGAUCUGCAGUGCUGAAAAAGUAAAGUGACUGGGUCAUACUCAUGGGUGGAUUGGCUGUAUUAUUCAGGUUAUCGAUUUAGUCAAUGGGUAACAUGUAUUUUGACCAUUAGUGGAUGGCAUACCUUUGAUCCACUGGAGUGUUCAUUAUUCAAUAGGCAAACCUCUUAUCACUGGCUUUUGAAUAAGAGAGUGCGGUGUAAGCAACAAAAUGUUUUGUACACUGAAACAUUUAUCUCCUCUGUACACAUACAGGAAAGACUUGGAUGUUGUGUGACAAAUCGAGCAUUACAACAUUGUGUUCAUGAUGAUUAAAGAGAGAAGUGAGCAAACUGA